UAUAGCCAAAGGCACAUUGCUACAGCUUGUGAUGUGAACCAAGUCUUGGUCAUCUUGGAAAAAGACAUAGUCUAACAAGCCUUUGCUGUGCCUUUGGAGAAAUAACCUUCUCUCAUUGGUUCCUGGCCGUCUCCCCUCCCUCCGUACGGCACCGAUGAUUGGUCUCUGAAAGGAAGCCACUCCCACCCCCGGUUAUAAAAUAUCUCCAGUUGUGUGGGAAGCAGCCUGCCCAGUGUGUCAGACCAAGCCUUGAGAAUGUGAGUACUUCCCUGAUCUCUCCGGCGAGGAUUUCUCUUUCCUUCUGGCUGAUGUCAUAGCCGCUCUUUAAAAAAAAAAAAAACUGAACUCUGCGCUGUCAGUUUACUGCGAGGCAAAGGUUUGUUACAGUAGCAUAGUUCACUUGCGAAACCGAGUGCUGUAAAGUGCAUUUAAUUCAGCCUGGCUCCAACUUCAGAACUGAAUGAAUGGCAGUUUUUCUGUUGCUGAAAAACCGACAUUCAAUGUGUGCAUGAAAGAGGCACAUUGUCUUGGCUUGUUUUUUUUGUGCUUUUUUUUUCAUUUAAUGUAUCUAUUGUGAGGAGUAUGUGUAUCAGAUUCCUAACUGGCUCACUAUUUGUUGUGUACUUCAGGAGCCCUACCACGUACUGCAGUAAUGUGUUGCCAAGUCCUUCCAUGACAUUUGGGAAAAUGACUCCUUCUCUGCAGGCCGUGCCUCAGUACAUAAUACUCAGUUGAUUAAGCUCGGUCGCUCGGCCGCAUCGCCAAUCCAUCACGUUUAAAGAGCCCGGAGACCGCUCUCCCUCCCCGUGCGGGGUGUAACCUAGACGCUCCAGUGCUUUUGGGAUCCCUGGAGAUUUAUCGGGGGAGUGCGGCGGUCCUGCCCUGGGUCCGGCGGGUUUGGCGGGUGAGCUGUGGCGGAGGGUCGGCCGGUCGUAGCGCGCGGCCCGUAGUGGCGGCGAGAGCCGAGUCAUGGCUGGCGUGGUGCAGAUGCACUUCACCGCGGUGGACUACGUGAUCUUCGUCAUCCUGCUGGUGGCGUCGGCGGGCAUCGGGCUGUUCUACGCCUUCUCCGGCGGGCGCCAGCGCACCACGCGCGAGUUCCUGCUGGCCGACCGCAGCAUGAGCUGCCUGCCGGUCUCGCUCUCCCUCCUCGCCACCUUCCAGUCGGCCGUGGCCAUCCUGGGCGCCCCCUCGGAGAUCUACACCCACGGCACUCAGUACUGGUUCCUGGGCUGCUCCUACUUCCUGGGGCUGCUCAUCCCCGCGCACAUCUUCAUUCCCGUCUUCUACCGGCUGCAGCUCUCCAGCGCCUACGAGUAUCUGGAGCUGCGCUUCAAUAAGACUGUCCGCAUCUGCGGCACUGCGACCUUUAUCUUUCAGAUGGUGAUCUACAUGGGCGUGGUCCUGUACGCUCCUGCCCUGGCCCUCAAUGCAGUUACUGGAUUUGACCUCUGGGGGGCUGUGCUGGCCAUGGGACUCGUGUGCACCCUGUACACAGCACUGGGGGGGCUGAAGGCAGUGAUCUGGACGGACGUGUUCCAGACGGUAGUGAUGUUCGCGGGGCAGCUGGCUGUCAUCGUGGUGGGGACACACCAGGCCGGGGGCAUAUCCGAGGUCUGGAGGAAGGCCCAAAACGGAAGCAGAAUCGCGGGCUUGGACCUGAACCCUGACCCCCUGGAGAGGCACACCUUCUGGACGCUGGGCGUGGGCGGGGUGUUCCUGAUGCUGGCGCUGUACGGGGUGAACCAGGCGCAGGUGCAGCGAUACCUGAGCUCCCGCACAGAGAAGGAGGCCGUCAUGUCCUGCUACGUGGUGUUCCCGUGCCAGCAGAUCGUCCUGACGCUGGGUUGCCUCAUGGGGCUGGUGAUGUUCGCCCGCUACGGCGAGGACAGCCCCCUCGACAAGGGCUACGUGGCGACCAACGACCAGAUGGUGCUGUAUUUUGUGAUGGAUGUUCUGCAGGACCUGCCUGGAUUGCCGGGGCUGUUCGUGGCCUGCCUGUUCAGUGGUGCUCUCAGCACCAUCUCCUCGGCGUUUAACUCCCUGGCGACGGUGACCAUGGAGGACCUGAUUAAGCCCCACUUUCCUCAGAUGACGGAGGCCAGGGCCACACUCCUGUCCAAGGGCCUCGCAUUGGGCUAUGGCCUUGUGUGUCUGGCGAUGGCCUAUAUAGCUUCGCUGAUGGGGUCAGUGCUGCAGGCAGCACUCAGCAUAUUCGGGAUGGUGGGUGGUCCGCUACUUGGCCUGUUCUGUCUGGGAAUGUUCUUUCCUUGGGCCAACUCCAUCGGUGCCGUGACGGGAUUGGUCGCCGGCCUGGUCAUGGCCUUUUGGAUUGGCAUCGGGAGCUUUGUGACGCGCGUCAGCGUCCCCGCCCCCCUGCCCCCCCUCAACAUCACCGCGGGCAACAUGACCACCGAGGUCAUGACCACUCUCGUCAGCGCCGUCACCAGAGGGAAGACCAGGCCGACGGGGGUGCAGGCUCUCUACUCGCUGUCCUACAUGUGGUACAGCGCUCACAACUCCACCGUGGUGGUGGUGGUGGGCCUGAUCGUCAGCUUCCUGACAGGCCCAAUGAAGGAGAAGGAUGUGACUCCGGGCACUGUGUACCCUGUGCUGGGAAAGCUGCUGUUCUUCCUGCCUGAACGCUACAGGGAGAAGCUGUGCUGCAUCACCCCUCUGGGGCAAAGGGCCAAGGCGAUCGAUACGAAGCCAUACAAGAUGGCGCAGAAGGAGAGUAACGGCCUGGCCCUGCCCAGAGAGGACAAGACUGAGGAUGAGGAGGAGGAAGAGCGGGAGGAGAAGGACGAGGUGGCCACCGAGGCGCCCACCGAGGCGCCCUCCUGUCGCUUAUCCCACAUGCUUCAUGAGACGGCGUUGUGAUGCCGCCACACACACACACACACACACACACACACACAUAUAUAAACAUGCAUACAUACGCACACACACAUACGUGCACAUAUACACACACAAACCCACACGCACAUGCUUCAGGAGACAGCACACACACACACACACACACACACACACACAUAUUCUGGGUAAGAACCCAUCAAGUCCCAUAAAGGUGACGCCACAACACAGACAGACAUGCUGCGCUCACAGCAAAAUGCCUGUGGGCAUUUUCUCUGGCCACUUUGUCCUGAGAGUCUGUGUACAUAUGCACUGCCCAUGUACUGUAUGCUUGUGCAUGAUGAGUGGGAGGGUUAUGUGUGACACAUCCCCUCCACCAUUUUUUUUAUUUUUUAUUUUUCUCUCUCAAACCUACCCACAGCACUAGUCUGCGGUUUUGUGGCCAUUUGCACUGAAAGAUAUUACACAAAAUCAUGCAGGUCAUCUGGUGUGGAGUGAGGCGAAUGCGGUGUCCGUUACCAAAACAAAAGUAAAAAAAAAAAACAGUCGAGGUGGGACUCCUGGAAGGCCGAAGCCCUACUGAAGAUGAAGCCAGCGUUUGGAGCUAUGGGUCUGCUGUCGGUAGAUUUAAGACCCUGGACUUAAUUAACAAAGUGCUUGUAGUCCCGUUGUUUGUUACUCGAUGUCUCUGUGUCCAUGGAUUCUCAUCUGUCACUCUGUAAAUGGCGGCAUUUUGAUUUGUAGACGCACAAUUAAGUGUUGGAUCUCCACUGUGACAGCACCCACAUUUUGUUUUACAUGUUGUUGGCUUUGACGUGAUCGUAACUUUAUAUUUUUAUAGAUUGGAAAAUGGAAAGAGUUGUAACAAAACAAUAACCCAAAUGCUGGUGUAGCUGUAUGAAUUCUGUAGGAAUAGGGGUUGAACGCACCGAAUGUCAUCAGUUCAAUUAACAAGGGUACGGUUAGCAUUUUGAGUCCAAAGAAACGUGCUGUUUGUGUGCUUUAAUUUCGACUUUGAUGUCAUUCUGUUCCAAGCUGCUAUGAGUCACCACGGUGAUGAGUGUCAUACGCUGUGCCAUGAUGUUUAAGAAAAAAAAGUAGCAACAAAAAAAAAAAAAACACUUCUUUGCCUGUCUGCCAUAGAACACUGUAAAUGACUGACAUUUCUGUCGAGUGUCCUGAGAUGUGGCGUGGUCGUCAUUUCUGUAGUUACCCCGUUCACACACUCGGGUAUUAUUUUACCGUUAUGACAAGGGAAUGGCGGUAAGUGUUCCUCAUGGGUGUGUGGGUUUUACGGUCAUUCAGCCAUUCUCUGCCCACUGUGUCAAAGUGCCUCCUCUUCAUAACCCUGAAUGUGUUUUUAUUUUCACUCAGUCUUCUCCUGUCGGUUCUGGCAAGUGUCUCAAUUUCCUGAAUCCACGUCUCCAUAUUUAGUGCUUGUUUGCCUUUUAAAGAUGGGGGAGAUGUAGAAGAUUCUCAAACUUAUUCUUAUUCCUUGUGUGGCUUGAUGGCCCUCUUGUUUUUUUGUUUAUUUUAAAGUAUUUUAGUGUACAAUAAUCGCUAGGGAUGAUGCCUUGUAAGAUUAUUCUGAAAAAACACUUAAUCUAAUAGUUUCAUACUUGCUCAUUUGUAAAAUAAGUAAAGGAUAAAUUAUUCAUAAUAUAUCAAUAUAUCGUAUGGUCAUAUGUAGUAUGACCAUACAAAUUCCAUGUGAAUUUUGGUUUGACAGCUUCUUGCAGUCAGUGAGAGAGACAACCCUCUGUAGUUAAACUGAAACUAACUGGCUGGUCAUGACUAUCCACUAAUGAGUUACAGUGCAUUUCCAAACAGAUGAAGAGUUCAAAGUUCAUUAGGCCGGAUCUAUGAAAAGCAUUUUACUUUGUACAAAUUGUGAAUUUUAAGCACUGUAAAAAAAAGAAGGAUAUGACUAAUAUUGUACUUAGGCUCAUGUGAGUGGUUGUUUUUAUUAGCUGUAUAAUACAAAGUAUUGCCUUAUUGGUGAUUCUUAAACGUUAUGGAAAACAGUCGUUAAAUAUAUUGGUACUUGUUGUUAAUUAGAUCAUUGAUGAAAAGGAUUCAAAAUCAACAAUGGAAAUAUUGUGUUAUUGUCAAUUGUUUCAUGCUUUUUUGUACUGAAAAUGGCUUUUUUUUUUGUGAUUAUAAUUUUCAGAAAUUUUUAGGUUUGUCUCAGAGUGUGGAGGAUAUGUAGGUAAAGGUUUGUGUUCCUCAUGUGCAAACUUUAGCUCAAGCCAUGCCAUGUUCAUUUUGGAUCACUGUGGGCAUUUCCUGGGUCAUGGGAUGUUGUGUAAUGUCUUUUGUGCUGUUGCUGAGUCCUUGCCCAGGGGAAUUGUGGGUGUAUCUGUGGUGCAGUCUGGGUAUUUGAAUUUCUGUGUCCUUUGCGCUUUGUGUUUUACCGUACUUUUAAUUUAGUUUUUUCUUGAAGUCUGAAUGUCAGUGCUUUUGGCUUUGUUCUGUGUUUUGUUGAAGACCGGGGAAUACCCAACACAGAACGGUCUUUCUUCUCAUCCCCAAUGAACAUUUUCCAUCAUCUCAUUGUCUUUGAAAAAAAAAAAAAAAAAAAAAACUGAAAAAUAACGUUUAUAUGGAUUAAAUGUGAUGGUUAGCCUUUUUUACUAUCUUGUGACAAAGUCAUAUAUAAACUUUAUAUUUUCUUAAAGAAAGAUAAGUAUUUAAUGCUGGAAGAUUGGACCGCUUCUUAUUUUAUUCUCCAGCCUGAAAUUACUUGAAGUAUGGAAGUCUAAUACUGCCGUUUAAAAUGAGUUAUUCCCAUUUGGCUACUCCGACAUCGUUCUUUUCUGGUGAGUUCAGACGAGACGAUGUCCAUGUAAGACUUUAAAAUGGCGGGGCUGCCAAAACUCGACCGGAGAGAUUUACAAUGAGGGCUGGUUUCCAUAGUACCGGGGAAAUAAGUAAUGACCUGAUAAUUUACCUCUGGCAGGAAUUGGCCUUUUACAGUGAACUGCCCGGUUAAAUCCAUGUCACGUGGGUAGCAUGCUAAUUCAGAUUUUCGCUAAUCUGUCCGGUCAGUGCUCAGGGAACUAAUUUUCAUGCGGCCUGCAUUUGUUCAGCAGAAAGAGGCUGUGUUGGCUUGGUCUUGAUUGGUUUAUUGACCGACAGAUACAAUUACACUGUAGGCCUGAAUGCUGAAAGUGUGGUCCACUGGAUUGCCAUCUGCCUGAGGGAAGGCAUAGGCACUGUGGAUGGCGAUGAGCCGGUUCUGCACACUACGUAAACGAGUUAGCAUUUGUUCCGAUCACCAUUAUCGAUUGAGAAGAGAAAAAAAAAAACCCGGCGGCUAACGGUACAUCUUUUGGACUGAGCGACGGCAGCCUUGCAACACACACUGCAUAAAUACUGCAUGUAUCGAAGCACAAGUUAAAUAAUCUGUACGGGCAUUUUUGAUAUUCAGGUGAAAAACAGGGCUUAGGGUGGUGUGUGAUCAGAAAGAAAUGUAGGACGGGACAAACCUGUUUGAAUGUUUAAUUUGAACGCAAUAACGAUGGCUAGCUGCUCUUUGUAAGGAUGCUAAUGGACUCCUUUAGGAGACGACCAGUCAUGGAUAUUUUUGGCGGUUGACUAAAUGUUAGAGAGAAAAAAAGAUCACAUUGUUGAUAACACUGAGACGAAUUGGUCGACUGUGAGGUAGAGAAAAAGAGGAGAGAGAUAUGUGUAUAUACUGAUCAUAUACAAUCAAAGCACAUGAUUAGGUUACAUUGUGUGACCAUCUCCUCGUAUGCAUUCCAGAAUCCAUGUUGGUUUGAGGGUUUUCCUCCCAGAAAAGCCACGCCAAGCGUGCCUUGGUCUCAUCCGUACUGUUUGAUACGUUGUCGUGGAAGUUUGUGAGCUGCGGCGUAUAUCAUUAAGCAGAAUUACUGAGUUCGGUGGAUACGUUCAGAGUAAUAUCCGGAAUGGCUGUUUUUUAAUUCAGUCCAUGUUCCGUAAGUUUUACUAUGUAAACUUAACCGGCUAGCUCAGUAAAAUUGUGAUAUGUUCCCUCUUGGUGUGAUCCGGAUGUGCUGCUUUCAUCUGUGCAGCACAUCGUCGUGUUAGCUGCCCAUCAACAUCCCCCAAGGUCUUGCACAAAAACUGCAUUCAUUCAUGGAAAACUGAAUGGUAUGUGAGUUUGUGAACACAAACAAAUCUAGUGAAGGGGGCACAUUUCUUUUGCCCUGCCCUGUGUGUGUUUUCUUUGUUUUUUUGUUCCCAACGGAGACAAAAAAAAAAUAAAAUUCAUUCAACUUCUGAAAAUAAAUUGUAGAUGGAAACUUUGCUGAAAUGUCAAUUCAUGCAGUGCUAGGUUCUGAACAAUAAAAAUGUUUUAUUGUC